AUGGGACCGGGGGGUGGGGCCUGCGUUGACUUCAGCACGAACUGUGCUGGCUGGGGACGACAAGGGCUGUGCAACUCUAACCAGGCCUAUAUGUGGGAGAAUUGUAAGCAAACAUGCGGGUGGAACGUGCUUCCUGACGAACUUGAACACUCCGCCUCAACAGAUGCGGGUUCUCUCGUCGCCUUCUACGAACUGGACUUUCGGCGACGAACUCAACAAGGAAUGAACUCUCGUCACCACUUGCUCGCCAAUCAGCGCUCUUGCCCAGAGCCCCCAGCUCUCGGUCACCAAACUCGAGGCAAUCCUUGCCCUCAUCAGCUCGUAAUGUUACAUCGAAAA